CACAUUUGUCCUUUUUUCCCAUGCUUUUCAUCAAGUCAAGUUUGCGAGUGUGUACAUUCUCUCCUAUCAAGGAUUGAGAUCGUCCCAAUUUCUAAUCGGCAUUUGACGCUGAUUCAAGAUGCAUCUAUUGGGCGUGCCGACUUCCACGGUCGCGCGUCGUGAGCUCAUCUUGAGCCGCCACCCUUUUGUAAGUACGAAAGGCACCUCCAUAGAGUAUAUCUUCUUUGUCUUGGAUAUCGCUCGACUUCUUCCCUUCUUCCAACGUCGGGAAUUGCUCACAGUCAUUCAUUCUUUUUCAACCCACUGAGACCCCGUGCAAUUAUUCCUUCUUUGCCUGACCGGCCACUUAAGACACAUCGUGUCAGUUGAGCUUCGUUGAGUUUCUUUGUAUCAUCAGUCACGAUAUCUUAAUACCAGACUAUGAAGGUCUUCAGCACCAUCGCCGUAUGCGCGGCGUCCGCCAAUGCAUUCGAAUGGACAUGGCCCAAGAUCGCCGAUGAACCGAUUUACCCACCCAAUGGCUACAAUCUUCCUGCCAAGGGCCCUAUUAACAACUCAACUUACGAGUACAUCGUUGUCGGAUCGGGUCCUGGUGGUUCUCCUCUUGCCGCCCGCCUUGCUCUUGCGGGCUACAGCGUCUUAUUGAUUGAUGCUGGCGAAGAUCACGGGACAGAUAGACAGGUUCAGGUCCCGGCUCUUCAUCCUUAUGCCAGCGACUACACGCCCAUCAAGUGGGACUAUUUCGUUGAUCACUAUGCUGAUGAGGAGCAAGCCAAGCGCGACUCGAAGAUGACUUAUCUUACUCCCACAGGUGAGUACUACUCUGGUUUGAACCCUCCUGAAGGCUCUGUCAGGAAAGGCAUUCUGUACCCUAGGACUGGUGCUCUCGGUGGUUGCGCUCAGCAUAAUGCCCUGGUCACCAUCACUGCCACCGACAAGGACUGGAACGAUAUCGCUGCUCUGACUGGCGAUAACACAUGGACCUCGAAUAAUAUGCGCAAGUAUUACCAGAAGCUCGAGCGAAACCGUUAUCUGCCCAGCAGCAUCGCUGGCCAUGGAUUCACUGGAUGGUUGACUACUAAGGUGACUCCUGUUCUCCUCAUCGCCGAGGACUUGAAGGUCUUGUCGCUCGUCACCGCUGCUACCACCGCUAUGGGUAGAGGUCUCAUUGGCGGUCUUCUCCAUACUGUAACCGGUCUUGCCGAAAUUCUUACUCUGGAUAUCAACAACCCCUCUCCUUCUCGUGAUAACGACGAGCUCAUCUACCAGAUACCUUUGUCUAUGGAUGACAAUUACGUCCGUAGCUCGCCUCGUGAUUUCGUCCUACAAGUCGCUACCGCUACCAAUCGUGAUGGCUCCAAGAAGUACAAGCUUGACAUUGCUCUCAACACUCUCGUUACUAUGGUCAACUUCGACACUUCCAACACCAAGCCUAAGGCUACUGGUGUCGACUUCUUGUUCGGUCAAAGCCUAUACCGCGCUGAUCCUCGCUCUACCACCGAAGAUGGCGGCGAGUCUGGUUCGGUUCACGCAAGCCGCGAGGUCAUUGUCUCUGGUGGUGCUUUCAACACUCCUCAGAUUCUGAAGCUCAGUGGUGUCGGUCCCGCUCAGGAGCUCCACUCUCACGGUAUUCAAGUCGUCAAGGACCUGCCCGGUGUUGGUGGGAACAUGCAGGACAGAUACGAAGUUGGCGUCGUUGGAAAAGCAUCUACGGAAUUCUCUCUGCUCAAGAAGUGCAAGUUCCUCAAUGGCAGUGAUCCUUGCUACAACAACUGGAAGAACAACGUUGGUGCACUCAAGGGUGGUUACACAACCAACGGUAUCGCCUUCGGCUUCCUCCAUCACUCUUCAGUUGCCGAAGAGGAUCCCGAUCUUUUCUUGGGCGGUGUCCCGGCUUACUUCAACGGCUACUUUCCUGGCUACUCAGUCCACGCUACUCAAGAUCUCAGCAUCUGGACCUGGCUUACCCUCAAGGCUCACUCUCGCAACAACGCCGGUACCGUCAACUUGACUUCCGCCAACCCCCGUGAUACCCCCAAGAUCCUCUUCCGCUCCCUCGGCGAAGGCGUCGGCGGCGACAAAGACCUCCAGGCCGUCUAUGAAGGCGUCCAACACGGCAUCAAGGCUUUCAAGGACUUGAUCCCUCUCGACGGCAAGUUCGAGCGCGUUUGGCCCCCGACCGACAUCUCCUCCGAGGAGGACCUGAAACAAUUCAUCAAGGACGAGGCUUGGGGUCAUCACGCCUCUUGCACUGCUCCUAUUGGUGCUGAUGACGACCCGAUGGCUGUGCUUGACAGUGAGCUCAGGGUUCGUGGUGUCGAUGGCCUUCGUGUUGUUGAUGCUUCUGUCUUCCCCAAGAUUCCUGGUAUGUACAUCGCCUUACCUAUCUACAUGAUCUCGGAGAAGGCAGCCGAGAUGAUCAUCGCCGCUGCUGAGGCACCCGCUGCCUCAAUGUGAAGUCUUUCUGGGACAGCCAGUCGAGGUUGUAAUAAACUGCCAGUCGACCCAUAAUCUGGUCGUUGAACUAAUCGGUAAUAUCGAGAACAAUAGUCGUUCUUAUGCGAAUACAUCAUCAGUCAAAUCCUGUG